GCUGGGAUGUGUUUUCAAUUCGAAUCAUUCUUUCGACGAAUCAUUCACUGAAAAGAUUUGUUUAAAAUACUUUCCCCCCAAAAAAAUCUGUACGAUUUUCACACUGAUUCAAACUCAGCAGGAUCUUUGACUCUGAGUCGAGUCGAGGCUCCUCCUGCUGCUCAAGCUGAGAUUCGAUGUUUGUUAGCCUUGCUAACGUCGAUGUGUUCUGUUGGCAGACUCUUUCAGCUGACUCUGGUCAAGAGGAUAUAUGAAUGGUCCAAGUCAACGUCGAGUUUAAAGUCUCUACCUAAGUGGAACUGGUUGGCUGUUUGCACAAUGGGUAAUUCAAGCGGGCACAACACUCUGGGUAUCCCGCCAGGAAAAGGACCCCACCAAGUGGGAUGCGCAGACCUGAUGGUGGGGCACACAGUCCAAGGUGCAUUCUUGAGACUCUACUAUCCAUGCCAUGCAUUCAAGAAUCCUCAUAUGCCAGAUUGGGUCCCGUGCAAGGAGUAUUUCAAUGGCCUCGCAGACUUUAUGAAUAUGAGCAGAGCACUAAGUGAAAGAAUUUUUAACUACCUCUUUGGGUCUUAUAAAAUCCCAGCAGCCUGGAAUGCAUCAUUUAAACCAGAUGGGAAAUAUCCUGUUAUUAUUUUCUCUCAUGGACUGGGAGCUUUCAGAACAUUGUACUCAGCCAUAUGCGUUGAAAUGGCUUCCCAGGGCUUCAUUGUUGCAGCUGUGGAGCACAGGGAUGAAUCUGCUUCUGCAACUUUCUACUUCAGAGAACAUACUGAGCCAGGAACAAAAAAGCAUCCAUCAUGUGACCUAGCCAAGCCUGUGUCUGAUAAUCUAGAAGAGGUUUGGAUGUACUACAGGCCGUUGAAACCAGACGAAAAGGAGUUUCCUCUUAGAAACAAGCAAGUAAAGCAAAGAGCAGAUGAAUGCAUCAGAGCCUUGGAUAUUCUCAUUGACAUCAAUUCAGGAAAGUCUGUGGAGAACGUACUACAGAGUGACUUUGAUUUGUCAGCAAUGGAGAACUCCAUGGACUUGUCUAGAACAGCGAUUAUGGGACAUUCCUUUGGAGGCGCGACGGUGAUCGAAUGUUUGAGCAAGGAUGUCAAAUUCAACUGUGGUGUGGCACUGGACACCUGGAUGGUUCCUCUGGAUGAGGAGAUCUUCCCUGGAGUAAAGCAGCCAAUCUUUUUUAUUAACUCUGAAAAAUUCCAGUGGAUUGAGAAUAUCAUCCGUAUGAAGAAGCUGGACUCUGCCAUCUUUUCUAGAAAAAUGAUAACCAUCAAAGGGACAGUCCAUCAGAGCUUCCCAGAUUUCACAUUUCUUACCGGGAAGUGUAUUGGAAGGUUCAUGAAGCUAAAAGGAGAUAUAGAUCCACACAUAGCCAUGGAUCUUUCCAACAAAGCAACUUUGGCUUUUCUUCAACGCCACUUAAAUAUGGACAGAGACUUUAAUCAGUGGGAUCCUUUAAUUGAUGGAAAAGACGACAACUUGAUUGCAGGAACCAAUAUUACUAUCCCUCCAUCAUCUAUUUAAUCGAUUAAGAUGAAAUAUAUGUAAUCUUGCAAACGCACAUGUAACAAAUGGAGUCAAAAGGUUACAUAUUUGAGCAAGAGCCAAUCUAUCACUAUGAAAUUCCAUAAAAGACUAUAUUUUGAGUACGAUUGAAUUUGCACUAGGGAUUGUAACUAUGCAUGUAAAUUAAUUUUUUUUUUUAACAUGACAAACUACAAUUUAUACAGGAUGACUUAUGAAAGGUAGCACUUGCAAAACCGUGCAAUAGACUUUUAACACUUCACCAUCCUUUUAUCAUGUGCCUUCCUGUUGUUACUUAAAGUGGGUUUUUUAUAUCAGUGUUUUCAAUUAAUUUUGUGACAAAUGUUACAUGGCAAAAGUUAGCAAAUCAUUUGAAAAUAUGAAAUACCAUACUGUGAAAUACUCAGCAUAGCCUGCUUGUUUCACCCCAAUGAUUUUAACACAAAACUAGCCACAUAGCUUAUGGAUCUGUAACUUAAACUUCUGAUUUUUUAAGUCAAUAUAAUCAGUUUUUACACUACUAAUUUCAGGUCAGCAAAAAAAAAAAAAAAA